GCCGAGCGGAUUAUGCAUUUCUUUCCGCAUGUACGAGAAAUUCAUUUGGAUCGAAAUGACUUGAAAUGCUUCGAUCCAGGAGAAUAUGGUAGCAAUUUGGAAAGCAUUGAUUUAGAGGGAAAUCCAAUCGGCGAUUUUGCCAAUCUUCGUGUUCUUCUUCAAAAGCUCAGUUUGGUCAGUUGUGGUCUCCGUCAUAUCUAUAUGCCAGAUAGCAUUGGAUUCAAUUCAUUACUUUCACUCAACAUUAAAGGCAAUCCUAUAACUGAUAAACAGUGGAUUUUGGAAUUAGCCAAACUUCCAAAACUGGAAAAACUAUGCUAUUCUUGUUCUGAUAAUGAUAAUGCUGAUUCCGAAAUUGACCUUCGCGAAAUUAUUAUUGCCAGCAUGCCCCAGCUCAAAUUCUUGGGUAAUUCGGAAAUAAGUUCUGUUGAAAGGGAUUCUGCUGAAAUGCGUUUUCUCAAUAAAUUCGGUGUAUCUCCCGUGACAGAAGAGAAUCGUACUAUUGUGGAAAGAUUAAUCGAAGCACAUGGUAAGCCAAACGAGCCAAAACCCCAAAACGGUGGAAUUGGUUUAUUGAAAUUAAGGCUAUCGUAUGAAGGAAAAGUCAUGGAACGUUCACUUCCUGGAACAGUUACUGUACAAAGAUUAAUCGGUAUUAUAAGCAGACUUUUUCAUCUGGAUGCCAGAAAGAUCUCACUUCAAACCUGUGACUAUCAAGGAUUUGUAAUGAAUUUGGAUAAACCAUUACGAUCGCUGGAUUUUUAUUCUUUGUCUAAUGAGGACACUAUUUAUGCAACAGUUGUGUGA